AUGAGCGACGAAAAUGGACCGACUACCUCUGAUGCGGCGCCCUACAGCUUCACUCUCAAGGAUUUGAAUGCGUCGACUUGGGACGAUCACCCUCUGUGCAGAACGGCUUACAGCAUGAAGAGAUCAGGCUUUCACCGCUGGGGAUUCGUCAUCUACAGGACAACUACAUGGAUUGCAAGCAACUUUCUCCGGUCUUCUCGAGACUUGCUAUUGACGAUUCCAGGGCCGGUAAUGUCUGAUAAGGCCACGCUGGAUGGCGCAUCCAAAGCGGACGUCCGAAAGCACUUCAUAUCCUGGCGUGGAGCCCGUAGCGAAGAGCGCGAUGGUCCCGGAGCCACCAAAGACAGAGCCAAACGUCUGCCGCGGUUCAAGCACUGCGUAUAUGUGGACCGCAAAUGCCUCGAUACGCUGGCUGGGCUGCCCGCGGACUGCGACGAGGAAGAGUUAUUUAAGGUUGUAGCCGUGGUCAUCGAUGGGUCUGUCGACGAGAAGAUUCCCGGAGAUGAAGAGGGCUUGUAUCCUGACAUUGAGGGCUGCACUGCGCGCUAUGUGGGCUGGAGAUAUGAGGACAUUGAGAUGCUGGUCGACACGUACGAAGAGUCUCACAAUUACCCGUUGAGCCAUAUCGACUACAAGCGGCCACCCCUCAUCUCACCAAACGGUCUCCGUUCAAUGCCUGCCUGA